CAGCAUUGCAGCAGCUGGGAAAGUGCUGCCUUUCUUAGAGGGACUGCAUCAGGCUGAGUGCACAGGGGCAGGAACAGUGACCUUGACUGAGACCCAGGAGCAAGCAGAAGACAGAAACCAGGAUGAAUAAAAAUUCUUCCAACAUAAUGGCUUUGGUUCCCAAUACUUCUAACAAACGAGAGACAGUGUGCAUAUUUGGAACUGGAGAUUUUGGACGAGCUCUGGGGCAUAAGAUGAUUCAAUCUGGUUACCCUGUGGUGUAUGGAAGCCGAAGCACCCAGAUAUCCAAUCUGAUUCCCAAGGAUGCAGAGGUGCUGGGCCAUGCAGAGGCAGCACAAAAAGCCGCUGUCAUCAUUAUAGCAAUCCAGAGGCAGCAUUACAACUUUCUUACAUCGCUAUCACAAGUUCUCCAUGGAAAAGUCUUGGUGGAUAUAAGCAACAACUUGAAAUUGAAACAGUAUCCUGAAUCCAACGCAGAGUACCUGGCUCAGCUGCUGCCUGGCAGUAAGGUUGUGAAAGGCUUUAACACCGUGUCAGCCUGGGCCCUGCAGUCGGGCACACUGGAUGCAAGCCGGCAGGUGUUUAUCUGUGGAGAUGAUGUGGAAGCUAAACAAAUGGUCAUGAAUAUUGUUCAUGGACUGGGUCUCACUCCAGUAGAUAAGGGAUCCCUCUUGGCUGCUCAGGAAAUAGAAAAUUACCCUCUGCAACUCUUUCCAAUGUGGAAGUUUCCCAUCUUUUUGUCCCUUGGCCUAGGUCUAUUCUUCUUCUUCUACAGUUUGGCCCUUGAUGUAAUUCACACUUAUGUUUAUGACAACAAUAACUUUUCAUUUUUUAUUGCAAUUACCAUUCCAAAUCGGGUCUUCCCUGUAUUGGCACUCACCCUUUUCGGCUUGGUUUAUCUUCCUGGUAUAUUUGCUGCAAUUAUUCAGUUAUACAGAGGUACCAAAUACCGCCGUUUCCCAGACUGGCUGGACAGAUGGAUGCUUGCUAGGAAACAACUUGGACUAAUAGCCUUGGCAUUUGCUUCCCUGCAUGCUGUGUUCACUCUUGUUACUCCGUUGCGCCCCUAUUCAAGUUGGAGAACCAGCAAUAGAAUCAUCUCCCAGGUACUGAACAAUGAAACAGUAUCACUCAACCACACUAAUGCCUGGCUUAUUGACUCUUAUUUGGCUAUGGGAAUGUUAGGAUUAUUUUUAUUCGUUCUUCUGGGAAUAACUUCCUUGCCUUCAGUCAGCAACAGUCUCAACUGGCGAGAAUUUAGAUUUAUUCAGUCCAAAGUGGGAUAUCUGGCACUGAUUUUGUGCACUGCACACACGAUGAUUUUUGGUGGAAAAUGGUUCCUGAACCCAUCAGCGUACAAAUGGUAUCUUCCAGACAUCUAUAUGCUCUCCCUCAUUGUUCCAUGUGCUGUACUGGUCGUCAAAUUUGUGCUGAUAUUUCCUUGUGUAGACAAACAUCUCACACGAAUUCGGCAGGGCUGGGAGAGAAAUCCCAGAUACUCAGAACAGUCAAAUCACAUUAUCAACAAGUCUGCUGUAUAAUUAGACUAAACUAUAUUAUUAAAAAAAUAUUACGAGGGCAUAUUAAAAUGAAGUCUUAAGCCUACUCUAUGUGGAGAGGGAGAGAAAAAGUGAAAACUUGGCCAGGCUCUGUAUAAAACAAAGCCACCCCAAUAACAAGCUUUAAAUACAAAUGAGGCCAUUGAGUUUCUGCACCCCAGGCAUACUUGCUCACAGGUGCAGACCCUCUCUUUUGCUUGGUUUAUUUCCCCUUGCCUAUUUACCCUGCAUCCAAACUCCUCCAGAGCUGGGCAGAAUCACAGAAACCUUUGGUGUUAGACAGUGUUUGUUCUUCAUUCUUAUCCUGCCCAUCAGGGCUCAGCUCUACGUGCACCUACACACAUCCACAGAGAUCCAUAUGCACACCUGCAUGAGUUUCCACACAUUUCCCUCUUUCUAACCCCAGAAGCCACCAGCACCAACAGAACAGCAUGAUGGAUGCUAGCUAAGGAGCAGAGCUUCACCUCCUAGCACUGUUUAUCCUCCAUUAAUAUCUGAUCCAAGGAGAGCUAUGCUGAAGCCCUAGAGAUAGUCAAGUAAGAUUUAUCUGGUUUGUGUACAGGGACCCUGAUGUUCAAAGUGUGUGUGUCAAGGACUGCUGAAUCUUUGUUUGUACAGCUCUACCAGAAAUUCAGGGGCAAGAGGAAGGAGCAGAGACCAAAAUGGCAGAGAUGUAAGAAGUGCUUAUAAGCUUCAGCAUUUCAAGGAUAGGCAAAAAAUGAUCUGUGUUUUUUUGUAUAAGCAAUGUGUUGUAAGAAAAGAAACUGAAGGAAAA